UUACAUUUAACAUUAAAACUAAGAGUCUUCUAGUUUAGACCUAGGCGUCUAAAUUAUCAACUGUGAUAAACAUUAAUCUCAUCUUGUCAGGUUUGUACAACGAAUCUUUUAUCUCUAAAAGGGAAACAUUAGCAUAGUCUUGCAAAAAGAGGAAAAACAUUACGAUAAGAAUUUGUAUUUUAUACAAAACAUUUUGAAAUGGUAAACACAAUUAAGCAAUUAGUAAGUUAUAUUCAAAGAAACCAUCUAUUAUUGUUAUUAUUAUUAUUAUUAUUAUUAUUAUUGAGGGUGGAGGCACUCUAUUAUUAUUCAUUCUUCUUCUUCUUCUUCUUCUUCUUCUUCUUCUUCUUCUUCUUCUUCUUCUCAUGACUAGGGUAUAGCAUGCUAUAGGACUAUUUGGUAAAAAGUUGUGAAAUUUGGCACACUGGCUGGGGGGCUCCUUAGUGAGGGUGUAAAGGAACAUUCUGACCAAAUUUGGGCCAGGUGCUGCCUACACAUUUACAACACCUAGCAGACACCCUUAUAAAGAGCGACUUACAAUGAUCUCAUUUGUAUGUAGAUGUAUUAUAUGUAUAUUUAUAAGUAGUUGAGGGAUAUGGUAAGCAGUGGCAGCUUGGUAGUCCUGAGAUUUGAGUUCAAAAGAUUCUGAUCACUAGCCCAACUCGUUAACCACCAAGUUACAACUUCCUUUCCAUUUCAUUCCCAUCAGGUCAAAUUUGGGCUUAAUAUGGAAGUACAUUUUUGAUCAGAACUUUUGAACCAUGUGUCCCAAAUUUAAAAGCCAUUGAACUGCACCCUGUGAUGUCAAUUCUGCCUAAAUAGAGUUUUUUUUUUUUUUGGCUUAAUUCAACCUAAUUUGGAAGACAUCAUCUUUAAACCAACCUGGCCAACCCGGAAUUUGCCUCUAAUGGGCCAAAUAAACUGACAGCUGUGGACAGAAAAGACUUUGUGCACUGACACAUGGUCUUCAAAACCAUGACCUGAGGCUAUUCAACAAGUAUCUUGCCUGUGCCACCUACUGGACCAAAGUUACAAUAUAUUUGUACAAUAUUUGUAUAGUGCUUUUAACAAUAGACAUUGUCUCAAAGCAGAUUUAAAGAAACAUUAAAAUUCAGAAUAAAAAUUACAAAGUUAAAAUGUCAUUUUUAUUUAUCCCUAAUGAACAAGCCUGAGACAACAGUGGCAAGAAAAAACUACAAGACAAUAUGAGGAAGAAACCUUCAGAGGAACCAGACUCAAAAAGGAACCCAUCCUCAUCUGGGUGACAACAGAGUGUCUUUCGUUUUGCUGGAGCUGUGAUUUUGCAUUUCAAACUAACACUUUAUUAUGGAAACUAAAUCUCAAGAGUCAUCAUCAACUGUAUAUGAUUUAGUCCAAAAGAGUCAGUUAAUCAGUGAAGGUCCACCUGCACGAUAUCGUCUCCUCACAACCAGAAGUAAUCUUGAUGAAGAAGGCUUAGUGAGAAAAUGGACAUUUGGACAGCGAUGUGUCAAUAUGCAAAACAAAAUCCUACUGAUGGUAGGAGAAACUGGAACAGGCAAAACUACUCUGAUCAAUGCCAUGGCAAAUUAUAUACUUGGGGUGAGGUUUACAGAUGACGUGUGGUUUGAAAUUACAGAAGAGGGAGGAGAUAAUCACAUGUCAGAUCAGUCAAAAAGUCAAACUAUUAAAAUCACUGUGUAUGAGGUCUUUUCCCAACACAACCCAAUCUGUCUUACUAUCAUUGACACUCCAGGUUAUGGAGACACCAGAGGAACAAAAUAUGACAAACAGAUUGCUGACAACCUUAGUAAACUGUUCCGCAAUGACACUGGAGUGAAAGAAAUUGAUGCAGUGUGUCUGGUAGUGAAGGCAUCUGAGAAUCGGCUCACUGACAGACAGCACUACAUCUUUGAUGCAGUUUUUUCCUUAUUUGGUAAAGAUAUAGAGAACAACAUUGUCAUAUUUGUCACUCACUCAGAUGGAAUGCCUCCAAAAGAUGCUCUUAACGCUAUCAUGAAUGCAGCAAUAGCCUGCAGGAAAAAUAAAGAAAAUGUACCAGAGCAUUUCUUAUUCAACAAUCGUCAAACUGAGGAAAGGAGACCGGAGUAUAACAGAGCUCUCCAGGCAACUUGGGAUCUAGCAGCAGACAGUUUGAAAUAUUUCUUCUCCUCCCUGAAAGAACAGAACAGAAAAAGCUUAGAGCAGACUGAAAAUGUUUUGAUUCAGUCCAAACGACUUGAAGCCUGUAUUUCUAAUCUACAAAGCCGUAUUGAGUUCGUAGAGGACAAAGUUAAUGAACUGACUCAGAUCCAGAAAGCCCUUGAGGAAAACCAAGAAAAGAUUAAGAAAAAGGAAAACUUUACUUUUACUGUCAUCAAGUCCUACAAAAAAUAUGUUUCCCUUUCCCGAAAUGCUUCAUGGCGGGACAGAAAGGUCACCAGUUGCACUGUAUGUAAGGAGAACUGUCAUGAAUAUAACUGCUGGUUGACCCCCAAUGCUUUGUGGUGUGACGUCAUUAAAAGAGAGUACUGCACUUCAUGCACAGGUAAAUGUCAUUUCACUAAACAUGUCAGAGAGAGCAAGAAAUAUGUUAUAGACAAAAAAAAGACCACAAUGACAUAUAAUGAUCUCAAUAGAAUUCUACAAUUCAAAAGAAACAAUAAUCCACAAUCAGAUAUCAACUUUGACUCAGAGUCCUUUGAAAGUGUAAAACGGGACCUGCAAUGCAAAAAGAAACAGGAAGAGGAGAAGUUAAGGAUAGAGAGGAGACUGAAUGAAGAACUGAUCAAGACUGUAAAGGAGAAGACUGAUCUGCUGGAAGAAGCCUACACCACCAUCAUGGAACUGUCUGAGAUUGCUUUAAAGACAGACUCUGCUUUCAUUGUUCAGUCUCUUGACUUCUUGAUCCCUCGAGCUGUGGAAACUGGAGAAUACUUUCUUGCUCAGAAACUGAGAGAGCUGAGAGAGAUUCCACCUGAAUCAAAGGAAAGAGUUAAUGCUGCAAUGGCAUAUGCAAGAGCAGGUAUCAGUAAACUGUUCCUGGGAUAUAAAUGAAUAUAGAUUAAACAUGGCCAUGUAACAUAUACAAAUGGAAUUCUGGACAUAUAUGAACCAGGUCUGCAAGUUUUUUCAUUUAAUAAAAUGAGUUGUGUUUAUUUAUUAAUGUUCUUGUUUAAGAUUUUACUUUGUUUUUGGUAAUCAUUGAAAAUCAUU